GGGAUACUUUCCAAAUUGUCAGUCGUUUACUUAGCUCCACGAUAUAACAGUUAAAUUUACGGUCUAGUUGAAAAUGAAGAAGAAAGUGUAACCAAAAACGUGAUAUAACGAUAUUCUGAUAGAAGCAUUUACAAUUUUAGUGCGUGGUACAAUUUGGUUAAGUGACAAUGUGUAGGUGACGAAGGCAAAACUUCUCAAAAGUUAGACAACAUUAUCGGGUGGUAGCUGCUGGAACAUCCCACACGAUGUCUCGUCGGGAGACGCGUAUCGAACGCGCUGACUAUCCCCCACCUCCGCCAAGUAAAUGUGCUAAGGUGCUGUACUACACGUGGAAGCUGUGCUCCGUGGUGUUCUCGCACUUCGUGAUGAUCAGCCUGGUGGUGGCCUACUGCAUCCUUGGCGCCGUCACCUUCGAGCGGCUGGAGGCGCAGCACGAGAGAGAGGUGAAGAUGAACAUAUCGCAAAUCCGCGGCAACACAACGCACAGCAUCUGGGCGAUGACCAAAAAGGUUUCCUACCUCAACCAGCCCAACUGGACCGCUGAAGUCGUCGAUAUGCUGAAGGAUUUCGAAAACGCGAUCCUGCUGGAGAUGAAGGUCCGCGGCUGGGACGGCAACGAGAGCACGGAGCACAUCCAGUGGACCUUCACUGGCGCGCUGUUCUACUCCAUCAUCGUCAUCACCACCAUCGGGUAUGGCCACAUCGCCCCAAAGACCCAGACCGGUAAGGUGGUGACCAUUUUCUACGCCAUCCUGGGUAUCCCUCUCAUGCUGCUGUGCCUCUCCAACAUCGGUGACGUCAUGGCGUCGUCUUUUCGGUUCCUGUACUGGCGUGUUUGUUGCUACGUGUGCACGCGCCCGCCCAAACAGAGCCGUCGGCAUAUUAGGAGAAUGAAUCGCGCAGGCAGCACGAUGGGCUCGACUCGUCGCCGGCGACCGCUUGAACGCUCGUUCUCUGAUAAUGAUUUCAGGUACCGUGACAGCGGGUACAACAGCGCUAAGCCACGUCGCGGGCGCCCGGCUCCGCCCGGCCUGGCGUCCCCCGGGCCCUCCCGCACGCGCUCGCAGCCCCCGGCGCAGGCCCGAUCCCAUGCCCCAGGUCCAAGAGAGUAUGAAGAAGAUCGAUCUCCUAUCAGACAUGACAAGUACGAACGAGAUCCCUACGAAGAUGAAGAUGAUGAGUUUCCUAAAGUAUCGUUACCAUUAAAAGAUUUACAAAUGGCACUUAAAGAUCUAGAUAAUUACCAACCCAAGGCAUCCAAGCCAGAUGUGCGGAGCAAAUCUCUGCCUAGGCCUUCGAGAAAUAAACCAGAAUUUGGACCAAAACGAGAUUUCGAUGAUUCAAGACACUUUGAUAUCGAAGAUGAUAGAGAAAUGUAUGAAAUGCAUGAUUUAUUUGACGUCGACUACGCAAACUAUAGAGAGAGAAAAGCCUUAGAAGAGAGAGACAAUAGACGGGGCGAAAGGGAUGACUAUAGAUUUCGCGAUCGCGGAUACGAUCCCGAAGAUGAAGAUUUUGAGUUUGAUAUUCCGAGAACUAGAAGAUCUGGGAAUGACAGGAGACAUGACCGCGGUCGAUCGGAGUAUUACGAGCGGGACCUGGAAGAGAGCCCAGCGGAGCGGCGGCGCGGGCGCCGUGCGAAGAGCGCGGUGUAUGAGAACGAGCGCCGCUACGAGGACAUUGACGAUGAGCGAGAUCUAGAGCGCGGACGGCGGCGGCUGCGGCGCCUACACACCGUGGAAGAGCCGCCGCACGCCCGCCCACCCUACCGAUACACUCCCUCGCCAGAAAGAGAUGACUGGAGCGACGAACCUCCGCCGAUACGACGAGGCCGUUCUUCAGCUUGGGGUUCGCGUCAGUCUGAUAUCUAUGCAAUACAAGGCCCUGCGAAAGAGGAAAUAAAGCCGGUGCCAAUAUGGCUGUGCGUGUUCCUGGUGGCGUCGUACAUCGUGACGGGCACGUUCCUGUUCAAGCGCUGGGAGGGCUGGGCCUACCUGGACGCCGCGUACUUCUGCUUCAUCACGCUCACCACCAUCGGCUUCGGGGACUUUGUGCCUGCUCAGGGCCAGAGUGGCGAAGCAGCGGACGCGGUGCACUCUAUCGCGCUGUGCUCGCUCUACCUGCUCUUCGGCAUUGCGCUGCUUGCCAUGUCCUUCAACCUGGUGCAGGAGGAGGUCCGCGCCAACGUGGCUGCCGUGGCCACGCGGCUCGGUAUUAUCAAGCCCAGGGACACCGCAGAUGACUGAUGGGGGUUAACUUACGACACUACAAGCGAACUGUACUCUUAGUAUAAGUUUUGCUUUGAA